AUGUGCGGCGCGCGCCAGCUCGAAAGGAAGGGCGAUGUCAUGCGGAAUGGCGCUAUGAGUUCUUCGCGGGGCUACGAGGAAGAGGCGAUCGCUCGCAGCAGUACGCCUGCGAAUUCCGAACUGAUUGUCGAGGAUCUGCGACAAUUCAAUCGCUCUCCGCAUCCCUAUCAUCGCAGCAGACAACUCGGGUCCUGUACACCCUCCGAACAGGGUGAUCGACUCCAGCCGCUCUCCUACUCCAAGGCAUCGCGCACUCCGAGCGAUAGCGGCACAGAAGCGGACGAUGAGAGCACCGGUAUCUUGAGGGGUCUACCGGCACCGCCGCUUCGGCCUCGAAAGGGGCUGCGGUCGGGUACGAAUGGAGUCAUCGACGGUGACGGGUGGUUGCCUAGUCUACAGCCAUGGCCUUCAUUUGUACGACGGAGCUCUCGUGGUCCACGGAGGAGCUCCGAGGAAGAGGCGGAAGAAGAGGCGCUCAAAACACAACGGUUACGACAGCAAAGGCGGGUGGAGGUCUUGCGACGGUUAAUGGAGACCGCGCUGUUCUUAUCGGUGGGCGUGGUGGUUUUACUUCAACGGGACGCACGUUCAUUAGCUUGGGCCUGGAGAAAAGAAUUGGCAACGCACGGCAUGCUUUUGAUAGGGCUAUACGCAUCGUACCCUCUUCUACUUCGCAUCUCGGGAAGCCGACGAUGGCACGUCUGGCCGUCCAAACGCCCAUUCUUCUCUAUACCGACGAGUUUUGACCCGGCGCCGCUCCUCUACCCGACGCUUCUCCCGAUAUUUGUAUCACUAUCCCUCACAAAUCACCAGCCGGCGCUGGUCAUGCCGAAUAUUAUACUUGGUCUGGCAUCUCUCCCAGCACCGGUAAUCCCAAUGCAGAGAUGUAUCCACGGCGUUAGCAUACCUCACUGGCUAGUAGCCGCGGCGCCUGUUCUCGUGGCUGAACACCUCUCGUUCGACAAUACCAUCCCUAAACCGCUGAUCCUCCGAGGGCUUGAAGCGGAAUCGUUGCUUCUUCUUUUUCCUUUGCAUCAAGCUUUGAUACCCACAUUAGACUUUUUGUUGACGACAAGCAUUCUGCCUGCGGAACUACAGCUUUUGACGACAGCUCUGGUCAACCUAUAUUUAUUUGCGGUCUCGCCCCAGGCACAAAUCCUAAAGGCACUGCUAUGGCUUGGUGGAAUGAGUUUAUUCGUGUCGUGCCGGCAUAUACUCCGCUGGGAGGUGGCUUUGGCUCGAAUCCCCAGUUGGAAAUUCCGCCGCUCGCUCAGUGGCUCACAAUCACCCCGAAAGUUGCUCAAUAUGAUGGACCACCGACUUUGUCAGAAGCUAAGUGGCACUGGCUUUUCCGAUGAGCCCUCAUCGGACAGCGACGGGCCCGGUAGCGUCCACAGGCCACGCAAAGCCAAAACGAUGCGAGAGGCUCGUGAGCCUGUCCCGGCCGAACCCAGCUCGGCGAUCGACAAUGUCAGCGCCGAAGAGGCGUUUGAGUGGCACAGUCGGACUGGACGCCAACGACGUCACACGAUCUCGACUUUCCAGGAUGCUGUUCAGGAAGAGCGCGUCCGCACCACCCCCGGUGGGCGGCGCAAGAAAUUAAUGGGCCCGGGCCUUGCAUCUUUCUUAUCAUUGACUGCAGCCCAAGCGCAGGUCCGCAAGUGGUUGUACGCGAUCUAUAUCUACGCUAUCUCUGCUGCCAUCAUUCUAGGCCCAAUUCGAAAGUAUGUGGCCGAGCAAGCCCUCCAGGGGCAAGACCCAUUCGGCUGGGCACUGGGAUACCUCUUGGGUAACCUGACUACCGUACGGUUCUGGGUGCUCAUGCUGAACCUGGAAUACUGGAUUCAACUGCCUCCGCGCCCGGAGGUCACCUUAGAGACGGCCUCCUGCUGGCUUGGAUGGGUUGAACAUCUCCGCCAGACGACCUUUGGUCCUGCGAAUACACGACUCCUCCUCAUGGCCUACUGUGUAGUGGUGUUGGUCACUGGCUUGGCAGUGGUCUUGCAGCUGAGCACCGUCGCCGAGGUCGAUACGCGCCGCAAGGUAUUCCAUGGCAUGAUGGUGUUGAUGUUUCUGCCCACCGUCUUCGUCGACCCGACCUUUUGUGCCCUGGCCCUUGUGUUGGUCCUGUCGAUCUUCCUCCUCCUGGAUCUUUUUCGGGCGUCGCAACUGCCUCCGAUAUCGCGCCCGCUGACCUACUUCCUUGCGCCCUACGUCGACGGUCGCGACCACCGUGGACCGGUCAUUGUGUCGCACAUUUUCCUCCUCAUCGGAUGCUCCAUCCCGCUCUGGUUGUCGCUGGCCGACCUGGCGCGCGACAGAGAGGGCGUCUGGGUCGGAUGGGAGGUGGGCGCGCGCGAUGUCAGCAUGGUGAGCGGGGUGAUCUGCGUGGGGAUGGGCGACGCGGCAGCUUCGCUCGUGGGACGUCGAUAUGGGCGACUGAAGUGGUUCUGGGGUGGCGGCAAAUCGCUAGAGGGCAGCGUGGCCUUUGCAGCAGCGGUAUCGGUGGGCCUGUUGGCGGUUCGUGCCUGGCUGGAGGUAGGAGGAUGGCCGGUGGCUGGCGUCGAAUCAGCCUCGCGAUCGGCAUCCACGCCGCGCUUCUGGGCGUGGACAGGAUGCAAGGCAGUGCUGGCCGCGGGCGGAACUAGCGCGACCGAGGCGAUUCUGACUGGAUGCAAUGAUAACGUUGUGGUGCCAGUCGUGCUGUGGCUGCUAGUGCGGGGGCUGGGCGUGUGA